AUGGAUCGGCCAAACGGAGAUAGUCUCCAGGGCUCCGCCAAUGGACGGCACGGCACGGGCAACGUUUAUCUAAACCUCGAGAACGGUCAUGAUGUAAACGCCAACCUGCCGACAUACGCUCGGUACGUGGAACCUGAUGGGACAGGGCCAACGGCGAAGAUCGGCUCUUCAGAGGAUAUGGACCAUAGCGCUGUCAACGAGUAUAUUCGAAGUGUCCGAGUGGAAAUUGUGCCGGUACACCCACGACUGUUCCAUGAUAUUUAG